CCUCCUGUCAGCGGGACAUCGGCCUGACGCACCAAGAUGGCGGCGAGAGGCGGGCGGGCUUCCCGCCGGGGGCCGGGCCGUUCGAGCGGGGCCGGAGAGUGAGGACAGCUCGGGGCCGGCGGAACCAGCGGCAGCAGAGUCCGGGGAAGGAGCAGGGGAGGAGCCGGGCCGUUAGCGCGGGGCCCGGGGGGCCAUGGCCGGCCUGAGUAAGGAGGAAUAUCUGAAGCGGUACCUGAGCGGCUCGGAGCCGGGCCCCAAGCGGACCAGGAGAAGGCGGAAAGUGAAGAUUAAAGGCGGAGGAAUGCGAAUUGUGGAUGAUGAUGUGACCUGGAAGAGCCUUGCAAAGGAGAAGGAGAAAGAGGCAGCAUUAGAGGCAGCAGAGGAUGAGGAUGAUGAAGCCCCUGUGCCUGUUGCUUUAGGUGGCAGAGUUCAUUGAUGAAAGGCCUGAAAUCAUUCAACAAAUGGAGGAAUUCCGCCUAAGCAAUAAGUGGAAAAUUUUAGGAGGUAAGUAGUGAGG